GGUCACAUCUCCAUCAUUUGUUUCUCAAUAUUAUCGUUAACAUUUGUUACAACAUGCAAGAAAACGAAAGAAAGAUAUCACAAUAUGGGUCAAGCUCUCAAUACCGCAAAAGGGAAAGGAGAGGUAGACGUAAAAGACUUGGAAGCAAUGGCUGAAAAUUGCUACCGCAAACGCUUUGAAGAACAAAAUGACGAUCAAGAAUGGUCUUUCGGCGAUUUCUACCGCAUUGUUGCUGAAGCUGUCGAAGAAAUCAACAGAAGACUCGGUGGUACGCAACUUAAGGUGCCAAGUGUUGAUAAAUUACAGGAAGCUUAUGAGAGACACAACCUCGGGGAGGGGAAGAAGCUAUCGAAGGACGAGUUUCAGAAGCUUCUUCAGGAGGUUUUGAUCGGAGCUGGGUUCACCGGCGUUGGAGGAGUGAAAGAGUUUCUUCUGUUCAUCUUCGGAGUUCCUGCGCUCGCCGUCUUCCUCAAGAACCGUAUAGCUCCGACGUCCCUAUCCAACGAUAUUUUCAUCCCAGCCGUCACCUCCGCCACCGUCUUCCUCCUCGCCAAGCUCAACAAGAUAUGACUAUAAUCGUUUGACCUUUUGCGAGCUUUGCUUUGUUUGGAUUUGUAUUGGCGAUUGAUUGAUGAUUAUGCGUGUUUGUGAAAUAUAUAGAAAGUUUCACUCUUUUAGUUGAUUGAUUGUUGAAACUUGAAAGAGAAAGAAAUGAACUUAUGUUGUUCGACAGAA